AUGUCCACCCUUGAUGAAAAUGUUCCCUCACGAGCACCGAAUGGGCCUGGAGACCCAAUUUUCACCCCAACUAUUGAUUACAAAUGUGUUCCCCUUAGAUGGGGUCAACAUCGAGAGUUUGUCUCAGAUGAGCAUUUGAUACUUCUCGGGGACACUGCUCCUGUUCUCUACCAGAUCGGUCCAAACAAAGUUGUACGAAUCUCCCGCGACCUGGCACUGAAGUGUGGGCCCUCGGUUCUACCCAGUGAGGCCAAAGCACUCGAUUUAGCCCGAGCAAAGACGGUAAUCAGAGUUCCUCAUGUCUACCGCUCAUUCCAGGUUGAUGAUCCUUUCGAGUACUAUGGAACGAGAGGCUACCUGGUCAUGGAUUACAUCGAAGGCCGAAACCUCGGGGAUUGUUGGAUGCAGCUUGCUGCAGAGGAUAAAGCUGAUGUGAUCUCUCAGUCAGCAGCGAUAAUAAGCCAGCUUCAGAGUACAGUCCUUCCAACACCCGGCCCCAUAGGCGGGGGUCCUUGUCGAGGCAAACUCUUCACAGACUACGGCGCAGGUCCGUUCAACUCCGGAUCCGAGAUGGAAGCUUGGUUUAAUCACAAACUCGAAAUAUGCAAGCGUUAUAACCAAACCCCUCAGGAUAUUCCUCCAUUCAAGUUCAGGAAGUUCGUACUGGUGCAUCAAGACAUAAGUCCUCGAAAUAUGAUCUUGGAUGCUGCGGGACAAGUCUGGUUGAUUGACUGGGCACACGCCGGUGCUUACCCUCCCGCAUUCGAACGAGCCGCUGUAGCCGAACAGCACCUGUUUCCCGAAUUCAACAAAAUGCUAUUAAACGCCCUGCCACACUAUGAUGCCGAGGUGAGCCAAUUGCAGUCAAUCCAGUAUGGACUAUCCGUCGCAAGUCUCGCAUAAACAAUCGGCUUUGCAUGCUUUUUACGGGGCGUUUACGGGUGGCUUUCGGUAAGCGGCCCGAACCCGACAUGAUACUUUUGAGUUUCGACACAUCAACCAGGUUAUAUAUCUCUCAUACAAAUUCAAAACUCAACUUCCCCGUGCAUAAAAGAGAGAUGAACCAAAGUCUGCGCUGGCCAUUCUUUAGCCUUUCAGACAGCUCCAGAAUGUUUUAAAGGCCCAUAUCCGAUCGAUCGAUUAUUCUUUCAACUCUCCGACCGAGCGGCCGGUUGAUCUCCUGAGUUUCCCGGACGAGGAAGAAGCACCGCCGGAGGUGGAUGAGUUUGUGAGACAGUGGGAGCUCGUGUUGUGUGGACCGGAAAAGAUAUCCCGUCACAAGCGUGUGAAGGAAUCAAGAGUCAUGAUCCCACAAUCAAUCAGCAUAUUGAAGAGAGAGGUGGUCUAUAUUUUGUUUUCCUGAGAUCAAGCUCAAGCCCAAAGGUUAGCCGGAUAUUGUGCUUUCGUCUAUACUCUUCCAAUCAAUCCUUCGCUGCAGCAGGCAAGCAUGGCAUAAGCGUCCGCGGAUAAAAAGCGGAUCAAAGCUGAUCACUUUACUCUAGCCUGCCCGUUGAAUGAGAGCGUGUGGUCAGCAGGAGGCCGGAAGUGGUGGCUAAGCCUCGAUUGAGUUGAGUGAUGGUUGUGCUUUUGCCCUUUCAUUCCGUGUGUUGGUUGUGCUAGGAAUGUUAAGUGAUUUUUGGACAUUGCCCUCUUUUCCCAUACAGAGG